AUGGGUCUGAGCUCUGUGCUGACCCCUAACUUCACCACCGAUCAGGUGGAAACUACCACAACAACAACAAGUAACAGCACAGCUGUUGAGGGGCAGGUCCGUCUGGCCAAUGGAGGAAACAACUCCUGCUCUGGCAGAGUAGAGAUCUUCCACCGUGGAGAGUGGGGGACGGUUUGUGACGAUGCCUGGGAGCUGGUAGAUGCUCAGGUGGUGUGUAGACAGCUGGGCUGUGGCAGGGCCCUGUCAGCACCACAAGGUGCACGCUUUGGACCGGGCAGCGGGCCCAUCUGGUUGGAUGAUGUCACAUGCAGAGGCAGCGAAUCAAAGCUCAGCGAGUGCAGCCACAGAGGGUUUGGGUCUCACAACUGUAAUCACAAUGAGGAUGCUGGUGUGGUGUGCCAAGGUAAAAAUGUACAAAUGUCUGGUUCACCAGUGAGGCUGGUCAACUCUGACAACCGGUGCUCUGGCAGAGUGGAAGUCUACCAUGAUAGACAGUGGGGGACAGUGUGUGACGAUGGCUGGGACCUGAGGGACGCCAACGUGGUGUGUAGACAGCUGGGCUGUGGCACUGCUCGUUCAGCACUAACAAAUGCAGCUUUUGGACAGGGCAGUGGACCCAUCUGGUUGGACGAUGUCAGUUGUUCUGGAAAUGAAUCAUCAAUAACAGACUGCAGACAUCAAGGGUUUGGGGUCCACAACUGUGGUCACGUUGAAGAUGCCAGCAUUAUCUGUGAAGGUAAAUGUUUACCCAUAUUUAAAGUCCGUCUGGCCAAUGGAGGAAACAACUCCUGCUCUGGCAGAGUAGAGAUCUUCCACCGUGGACAGUGGGGGACGGUUUGUGACGAUGCCUGGGACCUGGUUGAUGCUCAGGUGGUGUGUAGACAGCUGGGCUGUGGCAGGGCCCUGUCAGCACCACAAGGUGCACGCUUUGGACCGGGCAGCGGGCCCAUCUGGUUGGAUGAUGUCACAUGCAGAGGCAGCGAAUCAAAGCUCAGCGAGUGCAGCCACAGAGGGUUUGGGUCUCACAACUGUAAUCACAAUGAGGAUGCUGGUGUGGUGUGCCAAGCUGGUUCACCAGUGAGGCUGGUCAACUCUGACAACCGGUGCUCUGGCAGAGUGGAAGUCUACCAUGAUAGACAGUGGGGGACAGUGUGUGACGAUGGCUGGGACCUGAGGGACGCCAACGUGGUGUGUAGACAGCUGGGCUGUGGCACUGCUCGUUCAGCACUAACAAAUGCAGCUUUUGGACAGGGCAGUGGACCCAUCUGGUUGGACGAUGUCAGUUGUUCUGGAAAUGAAUCAUCAAUAACAGACUGCAGACAUCAAGGGUUUGGGGUCCACAACUGUGGUCACGUUGAAGAUGCCAGCAUCAUCUGUGAAGUUCAACCAGAACUCAACAGCACAGUUUUACCAACCACACCUCAUCCACCACCUCAGAACUUCACCACCGAUCAGGUGGAAAUUACCACAACAACAAGUAACAGCACAGCAGUUGAGGGGCAGGUCCGUCUGGCCAAUGGAGGAAACAACUCCUGCUCUGGCAGAGUAGAGAUCUUCCACCGUGGACAGUGGGGGACGGUUUGUGACGAUGCCUGGGAGCUGGUUGAUGCUCAGGUGGUGUGUAGACAGCUGGGCUGUGGCAGGGCCCUGUCAGCACCACAAGGUGCACGCUUUGGACCGGGCAGCGGGCCCAUCUGGUUGGAUGAUGUCACAUGCAGAGGCAGCGAAUCAAAGCUCAGCGAGUGCAGCCACAGAGGGUUUGGGUCUCACAACUGUAAUCACAAUGAGGAUGCUGGUGUGGUGUGCCAAGCUGGUUCACCAGUGAGGCUGGUCAACUCUGACAACCGGUGCUCUGGCAGAGUGGAAGUCUACCAUGAUAGACAGUGGGGGACAGUGUGUGACGAUGGCUGGGACCUGAGGGACGCCAACGUGGUGUGUAGACAGCUGGGCUGUGGCACUGCUCGCUCAGCACUAACAAAUGCAGCUUUUGGACAGGGCAGUGGACCCAUCUGGUUGGACGAUGUCAGUUGUUCUGGAAAUGAAUCAUCAAUAACAGACUGCAGACAUCAAGGGUUUGGGGUCCACAACUGUGGUCACGUUGAAGAUGCCAGUGUUGUUUGUGAAGGACCAGAUGGCUGGUUAUCAGUCCGUCUGGCCAAUGGAGGAAACAACUCCUGCUCUGGCAGAGUAGAGAUCUUCCACCGUGGACAGUGGGCGGUUUGUGACGAUGCCUGGGAGCUGGUUGAUGCUCAGGUGGUGUGUAGACAGCUGGGCUGUGGCACUGCUCGUUCCGCACUAACAAAUGCAGCUUUUGGACAGGGCAGUGGACCCAUCUGGUUGGACGAUGUCAGUUGUUCUGGAAAUGAAUCAUCAAUAACAGACUGCAGACAUCAAGGGUUUGGGGUCCACAACUGUGGUCACGUUGAAGAUGCCAGCAUCAUCUGUGAAGCAGUUGAGGGGCAGGUCCGUCUGGCCAAUGGAGGAAACAACUCCUGCUCUGGCAGAGUAGAGAUCUUCCACCGUGGACAGUGGGGGACGGUUUGUGACGAUGCCUGGGAGCUGGUUGAUGCUCAGGUGGUGUGUAGACAGCUGGGCUGUGGCACUGCUCGUUCCGCACUAACAAAUGCAGCUUUUGGACAGGGCAGUGGACCCAUCUGGUUGGACGAUGUCAGUUGUUCUGGAAAUGAAUCAUCAAUAACAGACUGCAGACAUCAAGGGUUUGGGGUCCACAACUGUGGUCACGUUGAAGAUGCCAGCAUCAUCUGUGAAGGUAAAUGUUUACCCAUAUUUAAAGUCCGUCUGGCCAAUGGAGGAAACAACUCCUGCUCUGGCAGAGUAGAGAUCUUCCACCGUGGAGAGUGGGGGACGGUUUGUGACGAUGCCUGGGAGCUGGUUGAUGCUCAGGUGGUGUGUAGACAGCUGGGCUGUGGCACUGCUCGUUCCGCACUAACAAAUGCAGCUUUUGGACAGGGCAGUGGACCCAUCUGGUUGGACGAUGUCAGUUGUUCUGGAAAUGAAUCAUCAAUAACAGACUGCAGACAUCAAGGGUUUGGGGUCCACAACUGUGGUCACGUUGAAGAUGCCAGCAUCAUCUGUGAAGGCAACAGCACAGCAGUUGAGGGGCAGGUCCGUCUGGCCAAUGGAGGAAACAACUCCUGCUCUGGCAGAGUAGAGAUCUUCCACCGUGGAGAGUGGGGGACGGUUUGUGACGAUGCCUGGGAGCUGGUUGAUGCUCAGGUGGUGUGUAGACAGCUGGGCUGUGGCAGGGCCCUGUCAGCACCACAAGGUGCACGCUUUGGACCGGGCAGCGGGCCCAUCUGGUUGGAUGAUGUCACAUGCAGAGGCAGCGAAUCAAAGCUCAGCGAGUGCAGCCACAGAGGGUUUGGGUCUCACAACUGUAAUCACAAUGAGGAUGCUGGUGUGGUGUGCCAAGGUAAACAUGUACAAAUGUCUGGUUCACCAGUGAGGCUGGUCAACUCUGACAACCGGUGCUCUGGCAGAGUGGAAGUCUACCAUGAUAGACAGUGGGGGACAGUGUGUGACGAUGGCUGGGACCUGAGGGACGCCAACGUGGUGUGUAGACAGCUGGGCUGUGGCACUGCUCGUUCAGCACUAACAAAUGCAGCUUUUGGACAGGGCAGUGGACCCAUCUGGUUGGACGAUGUCGGUUGUUCUGGAAAUGAAUCAUCAAUAACAGACUGCAGACAUCAAGGGUUUGGGGUCCACAACUGUGGUCACGUUGAAGAUGCCAGUGUUGUUUGUGAAGUUCAGCACCCUCCUCUACAGCCUUCUCAGUUUAUUUGUGGCCGUGAUAAACUCCAAGUGGGGCUGGAUUUGGCUAGCCUUACAUCCUCUGGUUUGAACCCAUUCUCUGGCAACCUGGCAUCCCACAACUGCUCCUGGACCAACAGCACACAUGCCAUCUACUCCAAUAUUUUAUUUAUCUACCCAAUGAACAACACAUCCUUCAUCAUUCCUGUGAGUCUUCCCUUCUCCUGCGUGUAUCCCCUGGACACAGACACCAGCCUGAAUGUGGCUAUCAGACCAUUUCUGCCGUAA